AUGAGCAUCCUCCUCCCUUCCCCUUCCUACUCUCCUUCACAAUACGCCUAUCCCUACCCCUCUCCCCUCCCACACAUGGCCGCACCCGCACCCCCACCUCGGCGCCCCUCAACCCGCACCCGUCUCCGUCUCCCAACACCUCUCCCCGCACCCCCCGUCCCCCCCACACUGGUCAACUCCCCCCUCCUGAGGGAAGGGAGCAAGUUCCGCCAGAGGCAUACGCUGGAAGAGAGAAGAGGGACGAGGGAGGGUGCGGAGAGAGACGCGUGGGGUAUUGGGGAUCAGGUGCCGCUACGUGCUUCGACCGCGUAUGCGUAUGGCGCAUCGACCUCCACGAGUAGUGGGACAUACGCGUCGUGGGACGGAGAACGACCACGCGCAAAUGGCGUGAACGGGAACGGGAAUGGGGAUGGUUCGGGAUUACCGUCAGGCACGGGAAGACAAGAACUCCAACGAGCGAAGACAGACUCUUUCCUUCCUUCUACAACUGGCCAGGCACGCGCUCACCCAACUCCAACUCCAACUCCGACGGGGGGAUGGGGGCGAACUGGUAGUUCUGCUGUCGUUCCCCUACGUACGGGGGUCACACAAGGAGCAGGAGCAGGAGCAGGGGGAGGGGCAGGAGCAGGGGCAGGGGUAGGAAGGGGAAUAGGAGCAGGCACAUCCGCCCAACCCCCUCCCACACCAGCACCAGAUCACGCCCGUACCGGAAGCACCGUAUACGCGCAUUCUAGGCUUGGGGGGGACAGUCCUGCUGCUGCUGGGGCGGAGGCAGAGAUGACCUGCCCACAUCCCACAGCCCGCCCCGCAAGCACCAAGCAAGUCAAAUAUCUCGCAGGAUUAUCAUAA